CCAAUCUUGAAAAAGAAACAAAGAGAACCCAAAACAAACAGAGCCACUCCAUAGAUUCCCAAAGCAAAUGCAUCAUACUAUAAUUAAUACUACAACAUUCACUUCCUUCACUCUGUUUCCAUGCUUCCAAUCCUAGAAACCGCUACUUUCUCUAUUAUUAUCAUCAAGUGUGAGAUGCAUGCUCCUGACAAAUUCCCAGCCCCUUUUGUGCGAGUGAGACCCAUCUAAUCAAAUUAAUUAACUCCUAAACCCGUUUCAUUAACCAAAAUGGAGUACUCGACCAACUUCCACAAGCUCCAAACAAAGAAACCCACAAAACCUAGGAAACAUCAUCGUCAGCUCCGAAAGAUCGCAAGCUUGUUGCGGUACGCAGAGGUGUGCGUCGUUCUGGUCUUGGUCUCGAGGCUCUCCAUCAACCUACCCUCCACUCUCAAAAACACAACCGAGUGUUUCCGCAACUUCAUGGGUAGCCCUCGCUUUGUUUUUCUCCUCGGAAACGUCAUAAUCAUAACGUUGUUCGCACAAUCGGGACAAUUUUCAUCUAAUCACUCAUCUUCAGCCAAACAUGCCCCACCGGAACCUGCAGAUCUCUAUCUCGAGUUCCUCCAAAACACCACCAUCCAUCAGAAACUUCAACUCCAUCUCAGCAACAAUAAUCGCAAACCAAAGCCAAGUGUGAGACUAGUGGCCGAGACUGUUAUAAUAAAGGGUCAAGAAAUUGAUGCCACCAAAACUGCAGAGACUAGUUUGGAGAUGAACAAGAAGGAUUAUAGAAGGUGUCAAUCGGAUAUUAUUGUAAAGCGCGUGGAGACUGAGAAGCUUCCUCCGCGCGUGUUGCAGAGGUGUGAGACUCAGAAAGUGCAGGUUAACAAUAAUAAUUCGUACCCUGAAGAUGGCAUGAGCAACGAUGACUUUCGUCGCAAGGUUGAGGCUUUCAUUGCUCGCCAACAGAGGCUACGAACUACUCAACUCUCUAAUUAAUUAAUUGCUAGAACUAUGAGUAUUGGUCAAAAACUCAUAUGUCUCUAUAUUAUUGCUUCUACUAUUGGGGUCAAACUGGAAAAAACUAUAUAUACAUGCAAUGUUAUUGCUUCGGUUUAAUUAAUAAACAAACAAAAUACUAUGUGAUGUAUAGAUAUUAUAUGCAAGUAGAGCUUAAAUGAAAGUUAAA